AUUCAAUCGAACUGGACGUAGUAAUCGUUUAGCAUGCGCCUGCGUCGAUGGUUCCUUUCUUUCCUCUCGAUCCUAGCUGCUGGCUGGCUGGCUACGCAUGAGAACCUUCGUUGUUAGUUCUGCAAUGGACAGUGGCCAAGUCCUUUUGGAGUGAGUGUGAAUUAAUUAAUUAAUUCAUUAUAUAAAAUUUAAUUUCUUAGCUCUAAUCAUAACAAUUCCACCAAAUUACAAGGCCGUACAGCGAGGUUACGCUCAAGUGGGAAGUUGGACUUAAGUUAAACUACCCAUGCAUAUGCGUAUUAAUUAAUACUAAUCCUUCCUGGGUUUUCCUUUUCUAUCAUCGCUAGCUAGCUGUAUCUCAAUCCCUUCCCAUCCCAACUUGUACGUACUUAAUUAACUUGGGUACUUUAAAUUUUGUCUCCUGUCCUGUCCUAUCCUAUCAUUAACUAAUCCCUUUCCAUUCCAUUAAUAUAUACCAGUGGAUCCGCCCAGGAAUAAUUAACAACAUAAAGAAAGAACAAAGGGGAAGAAAAUCAUCUCACUACAUGGACAGUGGAGGACAAAAAGAAAGAAGGAAAGUAGCAGUUGGGUGGAAAUUAAAGAAUUACAAAUAUGACAAAAGAGCGAGGGUGCCAGCUGUCUGGGGAAGGAAAGGGGAAAAGAUAUGAUCAGUCCAUGCCCUGACACUCAGUACAGUAAACGUUUUUGACGCUUGACUCGAUCUCUCACCCACCACACGUUACACUCACCCACACAUGAUGUACUACUAUAUAUAGCUAACCAGACUCUUCAUUUGGAUCACUUCACUUCUCUUUUCGGUCUAAAUUAAACAUUUGUUUCGUUUUUUUAUGUGAAUCGCUUUUAUAAUAUUAGGUUUGAGCCUUGAGAAGUGAGUGUUAGUUACAGUGUUGGAUAGUGAUCGAAUGACUUGAAGCGCAUGUGAAGUUGUCGACAUGUCAAGAGAAAUUGUUAGUUAAGUUACGUUGUUGGGUAGCGAUCGAAUGACCCAACAUACAUGUGAAGUACUUACAUAGAUUGUGGAGUCAUCGCAUCUCAUGUUUGAUAGUAUUAGUGAUGAUGUCUUGUUGAUCAUGAACGUAACAAAAUGAAUUAUAAUAUUGAGAAACUCAUUUUGUGUUGCCUUCUUAUCAACAUUAAUAGAUGCAGUCGUAACUUGAAUCAUUAGUUUUUUUUAUCCUUGACGUAUCUUGAUGCAUGCACUUAUUCGAUGCACAGUGGCGGACCCAGAAUUACAGGAGAGGUGUGUCGCCGAUAAAAUAAAGUAAUAAUUAAAAAAAUUAAUUAAAAAUUAUUAAAAAAUUAAUAGAAAUUACUAGAAAUUAAUUCAUAAAGUUCACAAUGUCAUGUUUACUAGAAAUGUCUGUAAAUACAUUCAUUGCUUAUGUUGCGAAGCAAAUCCUUUUCGAUAUACACAACUAAACAAUAAUUCAUUAAAUUCGUCACUCAACCGAUUUCGAAGUUCAUUCUUGAUUAUCUUCAUAGCUGAAAUCUUUCGCAGCUUUCAAUUGCAACAGGUAAAGUCAACACCAACUUCCAAAAGCAAGUAAAACUAAAGGAUAAAAGAAAAGGGAGAUGUGGUAGUGGCUCUCGGUAAUUAGAAACUAAAACGGGGUAAGGGUGAGUUUUUUAUUUUCAAUAAAGGAAGGGUCAAGGGGUGGAAACAGUGAGUUUCAAAGGAUGGGGUUAUGUUUAUUUUUUCCAUUGUUGGGUUGUGGUAGGGAUGACAACCAAACCCAUGGUCGCGGGUACCCGACCUCCUCCGACCCAGUCAAUACGGGAAUCCCUGCAUUGACGGGGUAUGGGCCGAGUAUGGAUAAAACCCCCCCAAAAAGGUUGAUGGGUAUGGGGCGGGUAUGGUUUUUAACUCUCCAGCCCCAUACCCAUACCCAAACCCGCCCUACCAAGGAUAUUAUGUUAUAUACACAAAAUAUAAGGAGUGUAUGGUAACUUGUCAAUCGAAUGAAGAGUAAUUAAAAGAAAAAAUAAAAUGUUAAAAUGUAAUUGAUGGCAACCAAACCUUAAUUUCAUCCUCUUAUGUAUUAGUUCCAUAAUUUUGGGUGGGUAGUAUCCGUAUUUGUCACCAUAUUCUAUUAUUAAUGGUGAGUAGUUGUUGGGGCGGUAUUACCCAUGGGUAUCAGAAAACCACAUGUAUGGGGAUGAGUUUGUAAGACCUUUCACUGCAUGGGUAUGAGACGGGUAUGAGUUUGAAUAUUUGGAAAUGGGGAUGAGGUUGGUUUAGGCAAACCCGCUCUAUUGUCAUCUCUAGGUUGUGGUGUUGGUUACUCUAAAACAAGCAUACUUAUUUGAAUUUACUUAUUAUUGUGUAUUACUCAUUAAGAUAAAUAACUUUAUAACAAGAAAAUCAUUCUCGUAUAAUGAAGGUGUGUCGCUCACAAUUAUUUAAGGUGUGUCGGAAGUCCCGAAUUAAAAAAAUUUGUACAAAAAAUAUAUAGGUACUUCACAAAAUUUUCGGGCGAGGGUGUGUCGGACGACACACCCUGCCCUUUACUAGGUCCGCCACUAUCGAUGCAUAUGACCCAGAAAAUCCUAGAAUAUGAUUGAUAUAUCAACUAUCAAGUAAUUAGGAAAUUAAACUUGAAAUUCCAUUUAUUAUUUUAACACCCCAAAUUCUAUUGCGACUUUAGGAUUGAUGAAUGGAGAUUAGGUUUUCCAAAUAAUUUUUGCCUUGCACUUCGUUUUCUAUCAAUAUUGAAUGACCUCCUAGCUCCUAGUCCUACCUACCACGCACAUGGAAGGACCAAAUAAUGAAUCAUCCACCUCCUUUAUUGGUGGGUUCCCAAAUUGGGUCAUUUUCAGCACGUCAAGACAAGACUAUCACCAUUCAUCGUAGUUAAUGCAUGGAUAAUUGGCCACAUAUUAAGUCAUGCCAACUCCAUCCUUUGUGAUCAUGAAAUAGUAGAAACUGUGUUGCAAUUUUUUGAAGUUUGCAUGAUUGCCACGCACCUUGCCGUAAUAAGAAGAAAACUGGAUCACGUUGGCCCCUAACCCUAACUAUAGUGAUGGAAAUUUAAACCCUAAUUAUUGUAUUACUCGAUUUGACUUUUGAUAGAGUGGGUAUUACCUGAUUCAUAGUAGCGUGGGGUGAGACAUGAGUAUCUACUUUGGACCCGCAUUGCCCCGCUCUUGGCCCAUUUUGUUUCAUUUUCUUACAAUAUUUAUACACAUUUAUCAUAUUUUGACUUUUAUACAACUAGUUAUAGUCGAUCUUUCAACUUGUUAGACUCAAAUACUUAAUUCUAUUAUCACUAUUUUUCAUUCAUAAAGUGUUUCCCCUUCGUUUUAUCGUAAAAGUAAAAUUUGUGUGUAUAUUUUGUCAAAUAACAUGUAUGAGUGGGUCAACCAUCUCGCGCCGUACCCACGCGGAUUUUACCCGCCCCGCCCUGCAGUAAUGUGGGGCGGGACAUGGAUAUUGAGAUACCUGUCCCGCCCGCCCAUUGCCAUCACUACCUAACAAUCAUAGUCCCUAAGCUUAGUAAGCAUGUUAGUCAUAGUAAUAAGCAGUGACACAAUAAUCUACUUCCUUUUUACUUGGCUAACAUGCACUAUGUUCAGAAUCUAACUCGAUGAUGUCGUAUUGGCUCAUAUGAAUCAUAACCAAUCAAUUUACCGUCGAUAACAAUCAUUCUAAAACUUAAUGAUCAUCCCAAGAUCAUGAGUCAAUACAUGCGGACCAUUUUGAAUCACGAUUGCUUUUAUGGAUUUGGGUAGGUAAAUGGAGGUAACUAAAGGAUACGAAAUGAGUAAGUGACAAUCCGAUUGAUCAUGCAAUUGAAGAAGGGAACAUCUAUAGCCUAUAGCCCGGCCCUUACAUAGUACAUAUGGUCCUCCAAUCCAAUUUAUUGGUGCCAGCCACCAAACAACCAACUACCACUUUUGUGCACAAAUUAACAUACAACUUGGGCUGCGUGCAAAAGGCCCAGUUGCAAUUCUAGCGCUCCUAUCCAUAUGGGCCUGUAAAGGCCCAACAUAGAAUUUCGGCUAAAGAGUCCGGUCCAGUAGAGGAAAAGGAAUAAUUUUCCUUUUUCCUUUCGGCCGAUAGGAAAAGGAGUAAAGAAACCCUAUUCACUCCUCCCUCCAUUAUAUAUACCGAGUUGCCGCCAGUAUGUUUCUCACGUUCUCGCUUUGUAGGGUUUUUUCUUGCGACGGCACGCGGAAAUUGAGGAAAAUCGAUCGGCAUUGCAUUGUGCGAAGAUGAAGGUGAUCGCUGCCUACCUGCUCGCCGUCCUCGGUGGAAACAAUGCUCCUUCCGCCGCCGAUGUCAAGAAGAUUCUCGGCUGCGUUGGGGCAGAUGCUGAGGACGACCGUAUUGAGCUUCUUCUCUCUGGGGUCAAGGGGAAGGAUGUUUCGGAGCUGAUUGCUGCUGGCAUGGAGAAGCUGGCUACCGUGCCUAGUGGUGGAGGCGGUGGUGCUGUGGCCGCUGCUGCUCCUGCUGGUGAUGCUGCCCCUGAGCCCGCUGCUCCGGCAAAGAAGGAGGAGAAGGUGGAAGAGAAUGAGGAGUCGGAUGGGGAGGGGAUGUUCGGCCUCUUCGACUAAAGAGUGGUUCCUAUGGGGUGGACAACAUCUUCAGCUCGCUUUUGGAAAUAUGGGAGCUGUUAGCGUUAGGGUUUCCUUUUGUUUUUAGAACACAAAUCUUUUCUUCGUCUUUUCAGUGUUUGGUUUAGUUGAGAGCCUUUCCUCGGAACAAAGGGUGAAUGUUGAAUGGAACAAUGUUUCUUUUGUUGGCGUUGUUCAGUCAAGUGUUUGUUUUAUCAUUCCUUUGUUAGCUGUGAUAAAAUUGUGUGUUUAAGAUGCUUGGUCACGUACAGGUUGGCUGAAAGGGUCCGUUGAGACUUGCUGAGCCAAAGCCCGAAUGAAUUUGGUUUGACACCAAGACGGACCCUGCUAAUGGUUAGGCCUGUGUCACAAUUCAAUAGAUUCUCGGUUUUCCUUGUGCAUUGUAUUUAAGACAAAAAAACCAACAAAUUCUUCGAAUUAUGUUUAUUAUAUUAAUACAUCAUUUUGAAUUCGGAUUAAUUACAUAGUUGGUCACCGGGUUUAUUAAAAAUGUUCAUGUUUGGUCACUAAAAAUAUUUAAUUCCAUUCGUGGUCACUAAAAUUACUUAAACAUUUCAAAUUUGGUCACUCUCCGUCGAGCUUCGUUAACUUUGUUUGAUGUGGCAGUCAACUAUUAGAGUUGAUUUGUCUGAUGUGGCAGUCAACUAUUAGAGUUGAUCGUUAAGUGUGUGACGUAGCAAUUAAAAAAUAAAAAAAAUUAAUCUUUUAAAUUUCCACCUCGUUAUCACAAUUAUUAAAAAAAUAAAAAAAUUAAACCUAAUUUCUUCUAAUCCCCAUACCCUACCGACCAAACCCCCUGCCGUCGCAACUGCCGCCGCCUCCCCGCCAUUAUCGCAGAGGGAUUGGCGACAGAUGGAUCGGCAGUUGGUGGUGGAGUUUAUGUACGACUCCUUAUCACCUCACGCACCACUAUCUGCAUCUACUUCAUAUCCCAUAAAUCGAACAGGUGACCCCAUUCUCGACGUCUUUGGCAAAUCAACACUGAAGGGCCCUUCAAUUACAUCAAUUUCGGACAAAGAGGUGACCAAAGGAGUAGAAGGUGAAGGUGAGAAAAAUACAAUAAAAAGACAACCUGCCAGAAUUUGGAAAUUAAAAUACGCUCCUUCCAAUUCUCAGAGAACGAAGGAUAAUGUGAUUGUCGUUCGGCCAGCGACAUUGUAUAUCUAUCGUCUCCACCUUGCGGCUUUGAAUUGCCUGAAGCCAUUUUUGGUGAUGAACUUCUAGAAUCGGCAGACUAAAAUCCACUGCAAUUGUUCUGAACUGAGCGACGACGGCACAAGGAGGAAGGCAAAGCUCGUAUAGGAAAGACAAUAUCUUUGGGGUUGGGGGAGGGGUGUGGUGGUUACCGGGACCUAAAGGUUUGGGAUGAGAUUUGGGGGAGGGCAUGGGUUUUUUAUGUUGAUGGGAAUCUCAUGGAAGGUGGCCGACAGGAGUUGGGAUGAGAUUUGGGGGAGGUUUUGGGUUGUCUUUGAUUUUGGAAAUUUCUAUUGAUGGAGAUCUCUUGGGAGAGGUGGGGGGCGUGAGUGAAGCGGCAGAUGGAGGGUUGAGGUUCAGCCGAGCAUGGGGAUUAGAAGAAAAGAAAUUAGGUAUUUUGUAAUUUUUAUUUUUUAAUAGUUGGAAUAAUGAGUUGGAAAUUUUAAAAAUGAAUUUUUAUUAAUUUUUAAAUUGCCACGUGGCAAAUUUAACUGUCAAUUGUAAGAGUUGACUGCCACAUAAGCAAAAGUUACGGAGAGUGACCAAACUUGAACUCUUUAACUAAUUUUAGUGACCACGAAUGGAAUUAAAUAUUUCGAGUGAUCAAACAAGAACGGUUUUUGUAAUCUCAGUGACCAACCAUGCAAUUAACCCUUUGGAGUUCUAACUUCCAAACGAUCUAAGGGAUAAUUUGGUUUUGGUGAUACUUAAAUCAAUGCAUUGUGGUCAAUGUAUGCAUUGUAAUAUACAUGCAAUUUUGGA